AUGACAAAGACAGUGACUGAACGAGCAAAUCAGGCCAGAGACUACAUCCUGAAGAAAGACUUAACAGGGUUUGAUGGAGUCAUUUGCGUGGGUGGAGACGGCAUGUUCAGCGAGCUGCUGCACGGUGUGAUUGGACGAACCCAGCAGGAGGCGGGAGUUUCAGAACACGACCCGACUGUAAUGCUGCAGCCGUGUGACCUCCACAUUGGCAUUAUUCCAGCAGGCUCUACAGAUUGUGUGUGUUUCACUACCAUGGGCAUUAAUGACCCUGUGACAUCGACGCUGCACAUCAUCAUUGGAGACUCUCAGCUUCUGGAUGUGUGUUCUGUCCAUUAUCAGUCAACAUUGGUGCGUUAUUCUGUCUCUAUGGUGGGCUACGGUUUCUAUGGAGAUGUUUUGGCAGAGAGCGAGAGGCACCGCUGGAUGGGCCCUCUCAGAUAUGAUUAUUCAGGUUGUAUGGUGUACUUGUGUAACAGGAGCUAUCCAGGACUAGUGCAAUACCUCCCUGUUGAUUCCCAUAUCUCCAGCCCACGGGACAACACUCGCUGCCUCUCAGGGUAA